AGGGGCUGGGUGCGAAGUAUCAUGGAGGAUCAGUAGAACUGUGGCCAUCCAAGAAAACCGGGCUGUGGGUCCAAACUCUGGAGUUUCAGAAAUUUGAUAGGAUUUUUUUUUUUUUUUUUACGUUAAACUAGUGUUUUAUAUUUUACUAAUAAUGGAUAUGAAGAAGAGGAUCAGUUUAGAAUUGAGGAAUAGGACACCAGCAGAGGUAAGUGAUCUUGCCAUUAUUUAUCUUAAACAUGAGGUGAUAACUAUGCGAGCGGAUAACCCAGAGAAGAGCAGGAUUUCUUACGAGGCUCCGCUCUGCACAUUAACAACAAGAGAGGAUGCGAGUCCAAUUAGGUUUUCAAGUUUGUUUGUUUGGGAUUCUGAUUAUUCGUCCGAUCACAACAUAUGUUGGUUGCUGUACAAAAACGAACUGCAAUUUAGAUCGCUUUGUGAUUCUAAUAGCAUUUUAUAGAUCUGCAACACUGUCUUUGCCAUCCUCCUCCUCCUUGUCUUGCGCCCGGCGAGAGAUCCAUUGAACGUUCAAGGUGGCGGAGCGGGCAUAAUUAUGAAGAACACAUUCCCCUCUGACUAUGCUAUUGUUGUGAGAAUAGUGACAUUGUGAAAAGCCAAUAACAUCUUUAAUAGGGCUCAUCUGACGUCGUGUUGACUCCUGUAAUAUAGCAGGCUAAUCCAAAUAGAGAAUUCACCACUGACAUGAAAAUGUGAAAUAACUUUUGAUUGCCUUCGGGAUGCGAUUAAUUGGUUUGUCUUGGAAGUUGCCUGAUGUUAUUCCAUAUGAAUUCCGAUGCAAAUAACUAUUUCUGUCGAAUUUAAAAACUCAAGCUUUCCAUGCGUAAGGAGGCUUUUGACAGAUCUUACCAGGUUAACCAAAUGUCACAACAAGCUGGUUGGUUUCUCUGAGCAGACAUUUUACUCAUCGAAUGGGUUUAGCUAAGACUCAUUUAUUUUACCGUAGCAUUUUUAAAAGUCCACGGGAUUUAAACAUCAAUACUUCGAAUGAACAGCGCCUGCAAUAACUUAUAAGCAAUUUAAAACCAGCCUGCACGCGAGCUGACGGUUGUCGGAGCGAGACGCACUGGCUACGGUGGCGCCAGUGUAGAGGAUUUUCUUGUACAGUGCAUGCUGUUGAGCCCUGUUUCUGACGGGCGGGGAGUGGAAGUCAUUUUGUUACAUCUAUACAGGAGCCCAUUUUGACGGUGAUAACCAGUUUAACUCGAUUUAGACACACGUAAAUGGAUAAAUUGUGCGUAUUAUGCGCCUACAUGUAGGCCUAAAUCUAAAUGUAGAAAGUUUACUUCCCAAACUAAUUUCAUACACCUAUACGAUUCACUCCGCCGUCCAUUUAAAUAGUCUACUUGUACUCCCAUCGGAAAGCAAGUUGUCUUUCGCCUCCAUGAUGUAGUGAUUAUGUAACAACAGGCUUUUCCUCGUUAUGAUUAACGACGACGAUGUCUGUGUAAAAGGUAUAUGUACACAUUAAAGUGUAGCAGAGUUUGUGGUCCUGUUCUGCGUUUUAUGAAUUUAAGUAAAAUGGCAGAUGGCGUGCGGGGCUCAGACCUACCCCCAAUUUAGUAGAUCAGGCUACAGUAAACCCCCCAAACCUCAGAGAUGGCGCUUGUCUGAGGGUUGACAAGCCAGGUCCCCAUUCAUUCAUGCCACUGACUCUAGACUUCGGCAAACCUAUUUCGCUUACCAUUUCUGUAGUUACAUAACAAUGCUGUGCAUUCGGCAGUGAUGUCCAUUUUGCAGGUGCUACUGUAUAGGAUGUAGGCUACAUCUCCACUGUUUUUCACUCAACGACAAUAUCGAGAUGUGCACAGAACUGGUCCUUUACAAUCGAGAGGCAUUAAGUGAAGAUAAAACCAGACUAAGGCUGUGACAAUACCAGCCUCCUUUACCAUCUCUUGUUUUGGGGAGCAUAUUAUUUAAAUCUUAAAGGUACGAUUUAUACAGUGCAUUCGGAAAGUAUUCAGACCCCUUGACUUUUUCCACAUUUUGUGACGUUACAGCCUUAUUCUAAAUUUGAUUCAAUAGUUCCCCCCCCCCCCCCCCCCCCCCAUCAAUCUACACACAAUACCACAUAAUGACAAACUGAAUACAUGUUUUUAGAUUUUUCUUGCAAAAAAAACUAAACAACAGAUAUCACAUUUACAUAACUAUUCAGACCCUUUAAUCAGUACUUUGUUGAAGCACCUUUGGCAGCAAUUACAGCCUCGAGUCUUCUUGGGUAUGAUGCUACAAGCUUGACACACCUGCAUUUGGGGAGUUUCUCCCAUUCUUUUCUGCAGAUCCUCUCAAGCUCUGUCAGGUUGGAUGAGGAGCGUCGCUGCACAGCUGUUUUCAGGUCUCUCCAGAGAUGUUCGAUCGGGUUCAAGUCCGGGCUCUGGCUGGGCCACUCAAGGACAUUCAGAGACUUGUCCCGAAGCCACUCCUGCGUUGUCUUGGCUGUGUGCUUAGGGUCGUUGUCCUGUUGGAAGGUGAAACUUCGCCCCAGACUGAGGUCCUGAGCGCUCUGGAGCAGGUUUUCAUCAAGGAUCUCUCUGUACUUUGCUCCAUUAAUCUUUCCCUUGAUCCUGACUACUAUCCCAGUCCCUGCCACUGAAAAACAUCCCCACAGCAUGAUGCUGCCACCACCAUGCUUCACCGUAGGGAUGGUGCCAGGUUUCUUCCAGACGUGACGCUUGGCAUUCAGGCCAAAGAGUUCAAUCUUGGUUUCAUCAGACCAGAGAAUCUUGAUUUCUCAUGGUCUGAGAGUCCUUUAGGUGCCUUUUGGCAAACUCCAAGCGGGCUGUCUUGUGCCUUUUUACUGAGGAGUGGCUUCCGUCUGGCCACUCUACCAUAAAGGCCUGAUUGGUGGAGUGCUGUAGAGAUGGUUGUCCUUCUGGAUGGUUCUCCCAUCUCCACAGAGGAACUCUGGAGCUCUGUCAGAGUGACCAUCGGAUUCUUGGUCACCUCUCUGACCAAGGCCCUUCUCCCCCGAUUGCUCAGUUUGGCCGGGCAGCCAGCUCUAGGAAGAGUCUUGGUGGUUCCAAACUUCUUCCAUUUAAGAAUGAUGGAGGCCACUGUGUUCUUGGGAACCUUCAAUGCUGCAGAAAUGUUUUGGUACGCUUCCCCAGAUCUGUGCCUCGACACAAUCCUGUCACAGAGCUCCACGGACAAUUCCUUCGACCUCAUGGCUUGGUUUUUGCUCUGACAUGCACUGUCAACUGUGGGACCUUAUAUAGACAGGUGUGUGCCUUUCCAAAUCAUGUCCAAUCAAUUGAAUUUACCACAGGUGGACUCCACAAUCAAGUUGUAGAAACAUCUCAAGGAUGAUCAAUGGAAACAGGAUUCACCUGAGCUCAAUUUCGAGUCUCAUAGCAUAGGGUCUGAAUACUUAUGUAAAUAAGGUAUAAAACAUUUUUUUUAUAUAAAUGUGCAACAAUUUCUAAAAUCCUGUUUUCGCUUUGUCAUUAUGGGGUAUUGUGUGUAGAUUGAGGGAAAAUUUGAUUUAAUCCAUUUUAGAAUAAGGCUGUAAUGUAACAAAGUGGAAUAAGUCAAGGGGUCUGAAUACUUUCCGAAUGCACUGUAAAAGUAUGUGGACACCCCUAAAAAUGAGUGGAUUCGGCUAUUUUAGCCACACCCGUUGCUGACCGGUGUAUAAAAUCGAGCACACAGCCAUGCAAUUUCCAUAGACAAACAUUGGCAAUAGAAUGGCCCAUACUGAAGAGCUCAGUGACUUUCAACGUGGCACCGUCAUUGGAUGCCACCUUUCCAACAAGUCAGUUGUAAAAUUUCUGCCCUGCUAGAGCUGCCCCGGUCAACUGUAAGUGCUAUUAUUGUGAAGUGGAAACAUCUAGGAGCAACAACAGCUCAGCCGCGAAGUGGUAUGCCACACAAGCUCACAGAACGGGACUGCCGAGUACAGAAGCGCUUAAAAAUUGUCUAUCCUCUGUUGCAACACUCACUACCGAGUUCCAAACUGCCUCUGGAAGCAACGUCAGCACAAGAACUGUUCGUCGGGAGCUUCAUGAAAUGGGUUUCCAUGGCCGAGUAGCCGCACACAAGCCUAAGAUCACCAUGCACAAUGCCAAGCGUCGGCUGGAGUGGUGUAAAGCUCGCCGACAUUGGACUCUGGAGCAGUGGAAAUGCGUUCUCUGGAGUGAUGAAUCAUCCUUCGCCAUCUGGCAGUCCGACGAACAAAUCUGGGUUUGGCGGAUGCCAAGAGAAUGCUACCUGUCCCAAUGCAUAGUGCCAACUGUAAAGUUUGGUGAAGGAGGAAUAAUAGUCUUGGGCUGUUUUUCAUGGUUCGGGCUAGGCCCCUUAGUUCCAGUGAAGCGAAAUCUUAAUGCUACAGCAUACAAUGUCAUUUUAGGCGAUUCUGUGCUUCCAACUUUGUGGUAAAAGUUUGGGGAAGGCCCUUUCCUGUUUCAUUAUGACAAUCCCCCCAUGCACAAAGUGAGGUCCAUACAGAAAUGGUUUGUCGAGAUCGGUGUGGAAGAACUUGACUGGCCUGCACAGAGCCCUGACCUCAACCCCAUCGAACACCUUUGGAAUUAAUUGGAAUGCCGACUGUGAGCCAGGCCUAAUCGCCCAACAUCAGUGCCCGACCUCACUAAUGCUCUUGUGGCUGAAGUCACCGCAGCAAUGUUCCAACAUCUAGUGGAAAGCCUUCCCAGAAUAGUGGAGACUGUUAUAGCAGCAAAGGGGGGACCAACUCCAUAUUAAUGCCCAUGAUUUUGGAAUGAGAUGUUGGACGAGCGGGUGUCCACAUACUUUUGGUCAUGUAGUGUAUGUUUUGGCCAUUGAGAGGCUUUGAAGCCACCAGUCAGCCAUAUUGGCACUACCCAAUCCCCCAUAGGAAUGAAUGUAAUUCUACAGUAUUUCAAUUAAAUGUUUCAAGGACAGAAUUACAUGUAUUUAAGUAUUUUAUGGAAAAUGUUAUGUAUUUUUUUCAUGUUUUUAUUUUUGUUGAAAUUAUAUUAAGUAUGCAUGAAUGUGUCUGUAAUAGAAUACAUGUCAAAGAAUGUAGACAUUAUUAAAUGCAUUUCUAUAGCUUCCAAAAUAUUAUUUACAAUGGAGGAGUGCCAAGAUGGCUGUGCGGUGGCUUCAAUACAGCGCCCCCUGUCAGUCAUCCAGGGUUUAUACACAUCAUUGGUUAGCACAUUUAUACUGUUACCUCUUUUGAAGCCUUGUAGCAAGUUAGCUAGUCCCGCUGUGGCGUUUUUCCAGACAGGGCCUCAGUCUUGUGUACACACUAAAAGGCAUUCAAGCAGAAAAUUAUUGAAAAGGCAUGUGCUCUCACAGGAAACAGCUGACUUUAGGUCAAGGGUCAGCUUUUCCAAUUAACAUGUAAUAAGAUUUACUAAAUAACUGGUGAAUUAAACCAAACAAAUUAAAAAUGUUUGCUUUUAACUUUUUAGUUUAAUUCAUUUAUUUAUUUAACAUUUUGCAGGAUGAAAUCUCUUGAUGCACCACCUAAUUUUCAAGAGUGUCCAAUUUAUCGUGAUGACUAUUCCUACAGGUGGCAGAACUGGUGGUGGAUAACUGCCGCACCAGUGAUGGUGAAGUAGAGGGCCUGACGGAUGACUUUAAGGAGCUGGAAUUCCUCAGCAUGGUCAACGUUGGACUCACCUCCCUGGCAAAGCUACCCUCGCUGCCCAAACUGCGCAAGGUGAGUAGGGAAGCCGGAUCCUUUUGAGCAAUCGAUUAUCUCACUCAAAAUAAUUUGUUUGCAGAAUUAUAAGCCACUCUGGUUUUACUCCCAAUGACCAGGAUUACAUAUUUGUUCCUAAAUGAUUAAUCAAGAAAUGAUUAUGUUCUUUCCUCACAGUUGGAGCUGAGUGACAACAACAUCUCGGGUCAUUUGGAGACACUUUCAGAGAAAUCCCCCAACCUGACGUAUCUAAACCUGAGUGGCAACAAGAUCAAGGAGCUGAGCAACGUUGAGGCCCUGGUUAGUAGUCGUUAAGGCUACAAUUAGGGGCAACUCCAGGCAUAACUCAGUCAGUCUUAAAUCAAAUCAAAUUUUAUUUGUCAUAUGCUUCGUAAACAACCGGUGUAGACUAACAGUGAAAUGCUUACUUACGGGCCCUUCCCAACAAUGCGAAGAGAAAAAAUAGAAAAAUAAUAACACUAGGAAUAAAUAUAAAAAUUAUAACAAAGGAAUAAAUACACAAUGACUAACGAUAACUUACUGUUGAGAGUUAGAAUAGUGGAAUACACAAGGUGCAAGUUAAAAAUCUCGCUUAGUGCCCCCAAAAGGCUAGAGUCGGCCCUGAGGCUACUGGUUUUAUAUUAUCUGAGAAAACUACUGUUAGCGUCGGGUAUUAUAUUAUAUCACAAACUAAUUAUCCCAUUCACAAGGAGACUAGGACUUGUGCAUGGAUAGAUUAUGUUAAUAAGGAUUGUUUAAUAGGAUGUUGUGCUCUAACCUCUUCUCUCUAAAACCACAGCAAAAUCUGAAGAACCUGAAGAGCCUGGACCUGUUUAACUGUGAGAUCACCACACUGGAGGAGUACCGUGAGAGCAUCUUCGAGUUGCUGCCUCAGGUCACCUACCUGGACGGCUUCGACCAGGAGGACAACGAGGCCCCUGACUCGGAGGCAGACGACGAUGGUGAGCAUGGCUACCAGAAUACAACAACAUGGUGCUGUUAGUGAUAUUUCAGCGGAACUUUCUUGAACAAAAUGCUUCUUCAUUCAUAGAUGAUGAUGAGGCGGAGGACGGAGCCGGACCGACAGGGGACUAUGAGGAUGAGGAUGAGGAGGGCUCGGAAGGAGGAGAGGUUGGGCUCUCCUACCUAAUGAAGGAAAGGAUCCAGGUGAGACAACUGGAAUAUUUGUCAUGUUUUUUCGGAAACAUCUUAAUGGUUUAUUUCCAAAGACUUGAGUCAACGCUUAAUUAAAGAAUGUUAACUCCCCCCACCCCUAAGGAUGAAGAGGAUGAUGAUGACUACGCAGAGGAGGAGAAGGAAAAGGGUGAGGACAAGAAUUGUUGUUGACCUGUCAUUUGUAAUCAAACCUAAGUACAUGGACUCUAGCCUGGAAAGGGUCAGUUAUGUUUUUCUGACACAGAUCUAUUGAUGUAAUCAACCAUACACCAGGUAUACCAAACAUUUGGAACACCUUCCUAAUGUUGAGUUGCACGGCACUCUCCCAUUUUGCACUCAGAACAGCCUCAAUUCGUCGGGGCAUGGACUCUACAAGGUGUCGAAAGCGUUCCACAGGGAUGCUGGUCCAUGUUUACUCCAAUGCUUCCUAUAGUUGUCAAGUUGGCUGGAUGUCCUUUGGGUGGUGGACCAUUCUUGAUGCACACGGGAAACUGUUGAGUGUGAAAAACCCAGCAGCGUUGCAGUUCUUGACACAAACCAGUGCACCUGGCACCUACUACCAUACCCUGUUCAAAGGCACUUCAAUAUUUUGUCUUGCCCAUUCACCCUCUGAAUGGCACACAUACACAAACCAUGUCUGAAUUGUUUUAAGGCUUAAAAAUCCUUAUUUAAACCCUUUCAUCUACACUGAUUGAAGUGGAUUUGACAAGUGACAUCAAUAAGGGAUCAUAUCUUUCACCUGGUCAGUCUGUCAUGGAAAGAGCAGGUGUUCUUAAUGUUUUGUAUUCUCUGUGUAUAUUAACAUAUCUAUUAACAUUGAUCACAGGUUGGCUGUUACUCAAUUUGUGACAAUGACUCAGAGCAAAGGGGCAUUGGCUCUUUGACACAGGAGGGUUUGACUUCUAUUGAUCAGUUCCUCAGCCCUAUGUGACUUGUAUUGUUUUGUCACUGAUCUGUGAGUGAUCCCCAUUGAGAGCAGUUGCUAGCAUUGACCUCUGAAGCCAAGCAAGGUCUACCCGCUACACUUAAAACAAGGUUAGAAUACCUCCCUGCACCGUAGGAAGAUCAUUCCUUUCGACUUAACAGUUAUUGCAGGUUGUGGACAUGUAAUCCAGAGAUGGUUCAGGCCAUUUAGUUGUUACCUUGUGAAUGCAGCCAAAGGCCUCAUGUGAAAGUUAACUACUCCUUCUGCACACUGAUUCGAAAGCUGUGCCUACUGUGAGAUGACCUCAGUAAGCAGCACACUCGCCUGUGUGUGCAAGGAGUAUAAAUCAGCCCUCUCCUAUAUGAAUUACCAGCAAAAAUACUUAGCUACUAUCUCAUACAUACGCAGUAGAUUUGAGGUCUUGGGGAGCCUUUGAAAGUAGACUUGGAUGCAAGAGAACUGCAUUAACAUGAAACCAAAAUGGACUCCUUAGCCUCUCUUGCAGUGUUUCGCUAAUGGUAAUUCAGUCUACAGAGUGGCCUUUGUUAUGUGACUGAACAGAUGUAUACUGGUGGUACUGUGUUUGUUUUCCCUCUGGUGUUUUUGAGAUGGGUAGGUGGGUGCGGAACAUGCAGUGGGUCGUGUAUCAACUCCCACAUAGCCUGUGGAUAUGAUUUCAUCAGAAGGAUGUUGAAUUCUGAAUUAAGGGAAAUGCCAAUUGGAUUUGAUUGCCAUUGUUAAUUUUUACUUGGUCCCGAUUAGAAAUUAUGGUCACCACUUUUUUUUUAUUAGACAAAUUCUGACAUUUUGAUUGUCUUGUGUCCUGUGCAGAGGAGAAGGCAGGAGUCAAAGGGGAGAAGAGGAAGAGGGAUGUUGAGGAUGAAGGGGAGGAUGAUGAUGAUGAUGAUGAUGACGACGAUGAUGACUAG